AUUGCUUUCUCCUUGAUGACUUCAAAUGCGAGAUCAGUCUCACUGUUGGAAGGGAAAAGAAAGAGCAUCAACUUUUCAUUUGACAAGGAACACGUCAACUUCUCCUUUUUAUCAAGCUACUAGCCUGAUAAACAGUCUAAACUGAGUUUGGUUUCCCAAAGCAGUCAUGGCUUGUGCGACUCUCAAACGAUCAUAUGAUUUCGACCCGUUGAUGAGCCCAACACAAAGAUCGCCUAAGAGAAGAAGAUGUGGUCCCCCAGUCGUGUCUUCACCUGUACAAACAGCCGAUCCAAGCUCGUCUCCUUUCCACCAAAGGACUCCAAAAAUCUCAUCAGAUGAAUUGAGUGCAAGUGUAUUGGAAGAAUGGAAGCGAAUUCAAAAACGACAGAAAUUGGCAUCAUCAAUGUCUCCACCUCAAAAUGAUCAGUAUCAACACCACAAAAUGUUUCAACUCCAAAAUCCUGCACCUCAAUUCAACAUGCCAUCAUUUAAUUUCAAUUCUCCUGGAAGCUACCCAGCACCUGCAUUUACAGAAAAUAAGUCAUCUAAAGAGCAGCCAAUGUUUACUGCAAAACAAGUUGUUAUGCUUUGCGAAAGGUUAUGGAAGGAGCGAGAAGAGAAACUAAAAGAAGAAUAUGAUCAAGUAUUGCAUGAGAGGUUGUCAGAACAAUAUAAUUCAUUCCUAAGAUUCACACAAGAUCAAAUUGUGCGACAGUACAGUGAGCCAAGUUGUAGCUAUGUGUCUUGAGAGAUGGAAAUCAGAAACCGGCUUAAAUUACCUUGUAAAAUAAUGUAAUAAUCUUUGAGUAUGGAAGAUGUGAGGGACCAUCUUUUAUCAUUUAAAGAUUUGUUUAUAUUUCCACAGUUCAUUUCUUUCCUUAAGUAUAUAUGUUUUUGGUUAGUAAAUAUAUUAUAUUGUUGUGUGAA